GAGAUUGUUGCCCUUUGUUUACUUGGAACCGGUACUUUAUCGUUGCGCACCCAUCUUGUCCGAGUCUUUUUCAAGACAGAGAAAGAUGGCCUCCGAUCCUGCCACAUUAGAAUCUUUGCCGAACGAGAUCCUCCUCUCGGUCCUCUCUGACUUCCCUGCCGAGGCCCUUCUUCCUCUCUCCGCUGUUAGCCGGCGCUUCCAUGCCAUUGUGCUACGUCUGCUGUCCAAUCGUCUCGCCAGCGUCGUCUCGGCCAGCAAUGAGCUGAUCCUCGAGUGUUACCACCCGAGCGCGAAGCUCUCAACGCCCUACCUCCACUGCAAGUUCCUCGGGACUGGUCCGCUCGACGGCAGCCGUAGUAUCAGCUGCCCUGCCGUCGAAGCUGGACUAGCCGAGGAAGAGGUGCCGGAAGAGGGAUCAGAGCACAGCCUCUGGCAGCUGAGGCAGCUCUAUUCCCACUUCCGCCCCUUGCCGUUGGAGGAGGGCGGCCGGGUCGGCCGCCGGCGACGCGCGAGGGCAGCUUUGCAGCAACUGCAGCAGCAAGACGUAGCCAGUGGUAAUGCCGCUGCGCCGACUAACUCGGAGACGGUUGAGGAGGAGACCCCUGAACCGCCGUCGCUAGACGUCAACCUGGACGAGGCCGAGCUGUUCACACAGCUGUGCACGGUGACGAACCUGGUGAAGCUCGGGCCUAGGCACGGGAUCUUCUCCAGCCACAUCAACAUCAGUGAUGGCGUCAUCCGGGUGUGGCGCGACUGGCUCGGUUCGGCCGCGGCAGGGGGCAGUGAGUGGAUGCCGGGGGUUGACGGCGGGGCACAGGCGGGGAUCCUUUGGGCCGAUCCACACAAGCAUGUGGGCGUGCGUUUCCGUGUCUCCGAGACCACGGAUCACUGGCGCGCGCCGCUGCUUGUCAGCGUCAAUGAUGACCCGCCCGUGAGCUACAGGCUGGUGUAUGACGAACUGGUGGUUCGUACAAGCCAACUGCUUCUCAAGACUGAAAAGUCAGAUGCACAGGAGACUACAAGCUCAGAUACGGCGGUCUUCCUCAACAAAAAACCCCCAGCGGUAGAAUUCAAUCCCGCCCAAAUGUUGUUCUAUCCAGCCAACAUCAAGCUCGCUCCGUUUGUGGCUCCAUCCGAACGGAAGCAACACCGCUUCGACCGAUCGAGGUGGGGCUAUAGCCCUUGGAGGCCGACAGUCACCGCUUAGACUGCAAGAUCUCGCACAUCAGACCCGGUGCUAGUCGACACCGAGAAGGCCCGGAAAAGGGAGGGCAUCACAUAUCACAUCGAAAAUCCGUCAGAAACGGAGCUCAGCCUCAUCGGCGCUCACAUACGCCCAUCACUCCACGGAGAGGGGUUUUGCUGGCCGGGGCAGACCCUUGCUCGAGAAGAUCAUGCGGAAACCGCCGGCAUGGUAGCUUGGCGACAACGUGCAUUUGGGACUGCCAGGCGUUGGAACGAGCUUGAGCGACCAAUCGCUGAGCACCGUUCACGGAGCGCAGACCGAGUACGGGGACUAGACCUUGGGGCGGCAUCGUCCCGACUCCUCGGAACCAUGCUCCCCCAAGAACAAGAACCUGCAGUUUAACGGGGGGCACGACUUCCGGACCGGGCGAAGAGCACGUCUGAUCGACGAAGCGGGCCUCUGCCGCCGGGCCGUGCUCAGCGGGAAUGAGGUGGAUAUCUGGGGGACGUCUUUGGCCAUGGUCUGUCUAUUCAUGCCGCGGUCGGCUUUUUCCAUUUCCCAUUCGUGUAUCUUUACUAGAUUCUGUUUGGAUUUCAUUCGGUGAGGACAGCCACCAGAGUGGCAAGAAACGGCGCACAUCCUUCAGGGUGGGGUUCAUUGACCUAAUCACGUUUUUCUUCGUUUUUGUUUUCUCUCCCUUCCGGUUAAUAGCUUCAUCGACUUCAUUUGACAGGAGACAGACGCUUAUUUUGCGCGCAUAAACUGAUCUCCUCCCGGAGCG